AUGGCAUCUACAAGCAACACUGGUGAAUUAGAUAUAAAUGUGCGUCGCACGGAAAUAUCUGAUGCUACAAAGAUUAUGCAAUUAUUUAACUCCUCGACUGAAAAAAUUUUUGGCCGCGUUAAUGUCGUUCACUUGAUAGAAAAAUCAGUUCUUUCUAUCACUAUUACGGAUGAUCAAGAAACAAUGAUUGGACAAGCCUCUUUUUAUGAUUAUCCUAAUAUUCAGUCACACGUAGUCGAAAGAUGGGAAGACUUAAUAAUCUCCAACCCAAAACUGGCACACUGCUCGCCUCUAAAUACUUUAUUCCUUCAUCAUUUCGUCGCCCUUGAAGGCUACGCUAAAGGAGUAGCAAAAGAGAUUUUUAAGACAUUCUUUAAUGCGACACCUUACGUUCACUACUGUUUGUUGAGCGUUAAGAAAGGCACAGCUAUGGGCGAUUCCUUAAAUGAAAUUUUUUCGCCGACUGGAUUUAUCUCAAAGUUGGAGGGAAGUGAAUACGAGAUAUUAAUUUGUCACCGUCAUGACCAUUGCCCAACUUUACAUAUACGCCCUGCAAAGGUCGAAGAUCAUGAUGACUUAGUACCCAUAUUUAAUCGGCAGAGUGAAGUUCUAAAAGAAACUUAUGGUGAUUAUUUUCUAGCGGAGUUAAUAGAAGCUCAAAAUGAAAAUAACAAGUGCAUCGUAGUAGACGUUAAGGGAACUGCAGUUGGGUUUAUGAGUCUGAGUAAAAACGUUAAUAUAGAUAUAUUAACGUCAUGCUUUGAGCUAUCGCCAUUUAAUGGUUUGAGAAGACCUCCUGAAUUUAGUAACGCUGAAAAUGACGAUGGAAAGCAAGCAUCUGAAACCGAAGAGCCAACUGAUACACCUGCUAAGACAUCAAGUACUAUAACUAUUGGAACAGAUACUAGUGACGUACACUUUAAAUCAAAACUUGCUGAUGUUUAUGACGACGAUGACGGCAAUCAAUGCACGGAAAAUUUAAAAUACUUUUUAUUACAGGAUAUAAAAGGAAUUGAUCGCGCAUCUAGUGCACCAGUCUAUCAAGGAACUCCGUCCGUUAUUUGCAUUCAAUUAUAUUGUAUAGACGAAAAGUAUGAAACAAGAUCACUAGACUUCAUUACAGCGGCUUUUGAUUUCUUCCCGAAUGUCGAUUAUUGCGUCAUCACUGUACCACAUUUGGUUCCGGAAUUUCCUUUACUGCAACAUUUCACGAGAGUAACUCCUAAGCCUAGAAGUACCUUUCCUCAAGAACUCUAUCUUUUUCAUCACUAUGGUUUAAUCAACUCCAUGAAAGUCAGAAACGUAAAAGUCGAAGAUGUUGAAACUAUUUCUAAACUUGUACAAAACACAACAGGCAAAGACAUGCUAUUAAGGGACAUUAAUUUAUACAACAUGGCUCGCCGCGAUCCGGAUGGAACAGACAUCAAAGCCUAUGUUGCUGUCUGUCUAAAUCAACCUGUAGGUGUUGCAGUUAUUAGAAAGGAAGAGAACAUAGAGUAUAUUCGAUCCCACUACAACAUCGAAGAUUUUAUUUAUUAUAAUCAUUAUAUGAGGGAGGAACACGGCCACUUACAUCAUUUCGUCUUGAAUCCCAUCUACUCCCACUUUUCCAAAUACUUUAUUCAGGAAAUUUUGCGAUUAUCGAAGAAGAAUGCUAUUUAUUACCCGAUAUAUCCACCGUAUGUUCAGUUAAACGAAACCAAGCCUCAUUCAUUAGCAUCAUGUUUAGCUAACAUGGUGCCCAUUAGGGCUCGAAGACAAGUUCAAUACGUAGUCGAUGAAUUAAAGCAUAACGCUCCGUCUAAUCGAAUUUUGCAACAAAUGGAUAACUACAUGUUGUUUCACAUUAAUAAGAAGUUGGUCAUGGAACCAAAGAUUACGAUUAAUGCCAGAAUCAUCGUUGUUGGAGCAUCUGAUGUGGGUGUAUCUUUCCUGGAAAAACUUAUUUUUAGCCCCCACAUGAGAUUUAACAAUCUCAAACUGAUCAGCCCUAAUGGCAUUCCAGGCCAACUAAAACCUAAUUCGUUAAGGAAUCAAUUUUUAGCUGACAGCUACUGUUAUACGCAACAAAACUACGACCAGAUCGCUUUACAUUCAUGGGUUAGCGUUAUAAAAGGAGAGGUCAAAGCCAUAAAUAGGAAAAGUAAAUAUGUGGUGGUAGGAAACGAUACGAAAGUCAUGUAUGAUCAUUUAAUCUUGUGUACUGGCUGCCGCUACCAAUAUUCAUGCCCUACUGGUGUUAAUGUCGAUGAGAAUGUCGUAAACAACGAAACUACUGUACCUUAUCGAUAUUUCGGACCAAAAUAUAGCAAUAUUUUCACAUUAAAUGAUCAGUUCGAUUGUCAAGCAUUUCUUGAUUGGUUAGAAGAACAAGACUUUAUCAAUCGUCGAGAUCACGUAUGCAUUUACGGCAGCACUAUUGAUGCUUAUACCACAGUCCAAGCUUUACUAGAAUACGGAAUCGAAGGCUCAAGAAUUAUUCUAAUUCAUCCGCCGGCAGCAUCUCCUAUAAAUUGUUUCAAUAACAGUAUAGUAGAAGAAGUAGUUUUAAAAGGAUUGAAAGAAGCUGGCAUCACAGUACAUCAUGACUUGAUAUUGGCUAGAUGGGAAAUUGAUGAAUCUAACGAAACAGUGGUUGGCGCUAGUUUUACUUCUGAUAAUAAACCAGUCCAAAUCUCAUGUUCGGCUUUCAUUUGCUUUAGCAAACUUGGCAUUGACUACUCUAUUUUUAAAGCUAUCAACGAUUCAUGCUUGGUCUACGAUGGGAGAUUAGUCAUUGAUUCUAGCUAUCGAACAAAUGAUCCUUGCAUUUGGGCCGCUGGACCAAUGACCAAGUUUGCACGCAGAUAUCAUGCAGAGGCUUGGACUCAUGCUAAUUUUAAUUCUAAAGAAGUUGGACUCAAGUUGGCUGAAACCGUUCUAAGCAUAUUAGACCCUAUGCUUGAAUCAGAAGCUCCAGAUGCACAACCUGAUAUUAUCCCGGUAUAUAACCAUCCGAAGACAUUCCUUACGAAACUACCAGGAAAUUACACAUAUCUUCAUACUGGUAAACCUUCCCUAAAUAUAUCUCUCGAUUCAAUGAUGGUCCAACCAAAUUACGGCCAUGUAUUAGUCACUGGUAGCCAUACAGUGGAUACUCAAGGGUAUUUUAGACUGCAUAUAAAUCAAUAUCGAUCAGUAGAAACUGUAACCUGUUUGAGCAAAAAUGAAAUUAAAGUAAAUAACCUGCUAUCACUUUAUGGUAUUCAUGAAAAGUUUCUUAAUAACGUUCUAUCACGUUAUAAAGAAGGCCUUGUUUCCGACUUUUAUCAGUACUUCAAUGAACCGUGGGCUACAGCAAUCUUUCAUGACCGCUUUCAUGAUUUCCGUGAAGAAAUCAAAGAAAUCCUAUUUAAUAAACAGGUUGAAGAAGAAUCGGACGAAACAUUUGAACUGAAAAUACGCAAACUAUUGGACGAAGAUUUUACUUUUACCAAAAAAGAACUACAACAACUUGGUGAAGAUUAUAUUAAAAGUUGCAAGAGUUCAACAGAGAAGCGCUUAUUAACAUAUUUAAGUUAUAACACCUAUCACUUGCCCAUGUAUGCGAAACCAGGAAUAGUUUAA